UACCCUGCAGAGAUGACUGAUCCCAGCCUGCAGUGUUCUACCUCGAUUGUGGUGGCCACUGGUCCGCCAAACAGCAAUGAUCUUCAGUCUCUCCUAACUUGAGCUGGAUGUGAACCAGUGUCCUAGAAUUGAAGAGAUCUCUAUCCUAUCACCUAGGUCUUUGAACCAACCAACUUGCCUGAUCAUGUCAUUUUAAAGUUCCAAAAGCAAACCAGUUCACAGCAGUGUCGUGUUCAGUGGAAGCCAUGUGGGUGACCAACCUUCUGGCCCUCUGUGCCCUAGUGGCUGCAGUGCCCUCGGAAGAUAAGAAGCUGAGUGAUAAGGCAACCACCUUAGCCGACCGCAGCACAACUCUCGCCUUCAACCUCUACCACACAAUGGCUAAAGACAAGAACAUGGAGAACAUCCUCGUGUCUCCCGUGGUGGUGGCCUCCUCGCUCGGCCUGGUGUCACUCGGUGGCAAGGCCACCACAGCCUCCCAAGCCAAGGCUGUGCUCAGCGCCGACAAGCUGAACGACGACUACAUUCACGGUGGGCUGUCGGAGCUCCUGAACGAGGUCAGCAACUUCACUUUCCGCAACGUCACCUGGAAGCUCGGGAACCGCUUGUAUGGCCCCAGCUCCAUCAGCUUUGCUGAUGACUUUGUGAAGAGCAGCAAGAAGCACUACAACUAUGAACACUCCAAGAUCAACUUCAGGGACAAGAGGAGCGCCCUGAAAUCCAUCAACGAGUGGGCAUCCCAGACCACGAAUGGCAAGCUCCCAGAGGUCACCACGAAUGUGGAGAAGACCGACGGGGCCCUGAUCGUGAAUGCCAUGUUCUUCAAGCCUCACUGGGAGGAGAGGUUCCAUCACAAGAUGGUGGACAACCGUGGCUUUAUGGUGACCCGUUCCUACACAGUGGGAGUUCCCAUGAUGCACCGCACAGGUCUGUACAACUACUUUGAUGACGAGGCUGAGAAACUUCAGAUUGUGGAGAUGCCUCUCGCUCACAAACUCUCCAGCAUGAUCUUCAUCAUGCCCAACCAUGUGGAGCCACUGGAGAGAGUUGAGAAGCUGCUGACCAGAGAGCAACUGAAAACUUGGAUCGGCAAGUUGAAGAAGAGAGCCGUGGCCAUUUCUCUGCCGAAAGUCAGCUUGGAAGUCAGCCAUGAUCUUCAGAAACACUUGGCGGACCUUGGCUUGACUGAAGCCAUAGACAAGAACAAGGCUGACCUGUCCAAGAUUUCAGGCAAGAAAGAUCUCUACCUUUCCAACGUCUUCCAUGCCGCGGCCCUCGAGUGGGACACUGAGGGGAACCCCUUUGAUACUGACAUCUACGGCCGAGAAGAAAUGAGGAACCCGAAACUCUUCUACGCCGAUCACCCAUUCGUCUUUGUGAUCAAGGACAAUAAAACCAACUCCAUUCUUUUCAUUGGCAGGCUAGUGAAGCCCAAAGGGGACAAAAUGCGCGAUGAAUUGUAGUUUGAAUUUUCAGGUUUUGGCAGGGUUUUUUUUUUUUUUUUAAAUGGGGAAAUGUUCUUUUGUAUUCUCUAUGAACUGAUGGGUGCUAGCCAGACCAGAGUGCAUUUUGAUGUUAAAUCCAGCAGACAGUUUACCUUGCCAGAAUAUUCCACCAAAAGAAAAUGCGUGGGAGGAACAGGGGAGGAGGGCAGGGGGGUGAAAGGCCCAGGAAUGAUGAGGGACCAAUUCACUGGGAUUCUGUUCCCAACCAGUGGUACAUCUACUGAGAUUUUAGGUUAUGGUCUGUGUCUUCUUCCUCCUUCCUGCAGUAGAAUAAAUCCUUAUGCCAAGCAUUAUAGCACAAUCUGCCAGGAUGCAAACUGUCAGCUGAGGCCACAGUAAAGGUACCAUCACAGUCUCUGUUAUGCCCUUUGUUCUAGACACAUGGAGCAAUGCUUCCCCAUCCCUCUUCCCUGAUUUGUUUGUCCUUAGGGGACAGCUUGCCUCCUGCCACACAUUCCUGGUUCCUUGCACUGGGGGUUUCUUGGCUGAGCUGGAAGCCAGGGGGCUGGUCCCUUUAUCUGUUUGCUCCUUGAAGUUCUUCUGCCUGCAUCUUGCUUGUUAAAGGGAGCAGCAGGGACUGAGUGUGCUCCCGCUUUGCAAUGGAGGCACUGCUGACAGAUGCAGAUGUGAGCUAGUCUAACCAUUUUGGUUACUUUAGGAGGGGGAAACAGACAGUAACAGCCAUACAAGUCAGUAGGUGCUCUGAUGCUGUGGCCCACCUAUGAACAUAGAUACAAGUAGAAUUUUCCCUGUAUCUUCUAAACCACUUAGCCAUGCUCUGAAAUGUUUGUUAUCUCCCCCCAAAUACUUCCAGUUGAACACAAAGUAAAAACCUCUCCACUCCUUACCCAUGGACAGCUGAAAUCUUGCAAAAAUCUGCUUUGCUGGGAAUACUCUAUUUAAAAAAAAUACCCACUUUAAAUCACUCAGCAAUGAGGUGUCUCAGCAAAGGGGCCAAGGACAGCAUAGGCCAUAGAGAUUAAAAGACCCUUUUUCAGGUGGUCCCUUCAGCAGAGGUGAGGUGCAGCUGGGGGAGGGGUGAUUUGCUCUGCAGCUAGCGUGCUCUACCUGCUCUGGAUCAAGAGGAUUUCGGGCUGGGGGGCUACCAAGCAGACAACUCUCACCAGCACUGGGCCCACCCUCGAAAGGUUUCAUUAACCCCUUAGAAAGGAGGGGAGGAAGUUCACGUCUCGUGGUGCUUUUGUUUCAGUUUGUCAGGAUAGACUGGGCAAGAAACACAGUUUACAUUGUGAAGAUUUCUCUCUGCAACUAGAAAGCUAGAGCCCAAACCAUCUCCCAAGGGGAAGACUCCUGCUGACACCUCUCAGUGGGAGCUGGCUCAGACCCUUAAUUUCCUUUUUCUAAAAUAGGAAGGCUUUAGAUCUUCCAUAGCCUGGCUUCCUAAAGACCCUUUCUACACAAUCAUCUUUCCAAGAGGGUUCACUCCCCACUGGCUGACCUGCCUAAGGCACAUAAGGUAACACUUGUAUUUAUAGCUAGGCAUUUUCAUAUUUAUUCAUGAGAAGUGGGAGGUUUCAUGAUCCAACUCCAGCCUAGAGUUGAUGGAUCUAAGUGAAUUUUUCCCCAAGGGACAUUAUCAGGUUGAAGCUUGUAUUUAAAAAAAAAAUAAAUGGUCCUGAUCCUACAAAUUCCUAAGUGUGUGUCUAAUGCUUCUCUCACUCUCACUGCAAAACUGGAACAAAGGGUUAGAUAAUUGUUUGUUUUUUUUCAGUUUAAUCUACUUUCUAUGUCACUGAUGCUGAUUGCAGUUAGGGUGGACGGGGAAACUGGACUGGUUACAGUCACUUUCUAGUUCUCAAGCACAAGCCCGAUCCUGCAGCAUCUGGAUUUCGGAGGCUGACAGAGGUUUAAUUGGUAAAUUUGACUUCCACAAUGGUUUUAAAAAACCCAGCCUUUCCUGUUGAUCUGAAUUUUGGGUGUAUACCUAAAUCUGGGGGCCAAGAUUUGACCUGAUCUUGCCUCUUUAAGUAGAUGAUGUUACAAAAGUAAAGCAUAUGUGCCAAAGUCACAUACAGGUCAGCCCAGAGGGCAACACUGUUCUUAACACCUCAAGUUUGAGCUUUGACAAUCAUUUCCAACGGGGGGGGGGUGAGGCAUAGGCAUGUAUCAGAAUGCACAAAUAUUGCAGUGUGCAUGCUCAGACAAAUCUGUGCACUGAAACCCAUAUCUGUUGCACAAUUAUACAGGAUGGGGGUGGGUGGGAGUGUGGAGAACACACUGGGGGAGUGUCAAUUUGCAUCAUGUGAAUGGAAGGGUCAGCUUUUUCCCCGUUUUGAAUUCUUGUAUCACAAAACUAUGAGUUGUAUAAUUUUGCAAUAAAACUUUUUCAAUUAA